AUGAGGCCUCCAGGGUCGCUUUCUUAUCCAGUUCAGGCGCCGAGGCAGCUCCAUGAUGACAAGCUGGUGCCAGAGUGUGACGGCCACUCACCCAUUAAAGAGCAGCACCCUGGUGUUUCUGUCCAUCCCCAGGACGGAUACUCCCUCAAGAGCAUCAAGAACCAACAGCGCAGGUGCUUCAAAGCUAAUAGCUCAGCAUGUCUACGGUCCGGCUUGCACUCAGCAGCAGAGAGCUGUUACUGUGGCUGUUACUGCGCUCUGCUACAUCUCCUUUCCGCUGCUUUAUCUUUUAUGCAUGAGUCAGUGGAACCCAACUCCUGGAGUCCUGAGAAGGGAGGUAGACAGGCCUCCCUCCAGGAACCAGCACCUAUCAGCGGGCCAGCAUAUGAAGCUUAA